AGACGACAACAAGAAGCGCACGAGACGUCCAGGUAGCGGGAACCGUGUCCGUGUCCGUGUGGAAAGAGUAACAUCCAUCUGUCCGUCUGUCCAUCCAUCCAUCCGUCCAUCCCUCCAUCCAUCCGUCCAUCCCUCCAUCCAUGCACCAGGACAACAUGCCAACACCAGUACCUGGACUGGAACUGAGCCUAGAGCCCGGACCCCUGGAACCGGGGAUCUCCUGAAGAACGACCAUGCCUGUGGCCUCCACCAGGACAGAGCCAGUGCCCCAGGUGUUAGACGCGAUGAGCGACAGCACCACCAGCACCACCACUGCCAAUGACCUGGACCUCAUCUACCUCAAGGGCAUCAUGGAGAGCCCUGUGGAGCAGGAGGAGGGCCUGAAGGAGCCUCGACUGUCCCCGGUGAGGGAGAACAACGUGGAGCUCCUGCAGGAGAUCCUCCGAGACCUGGACCCCUUCACGCAUCGCUCCGACACUGCAGCCGAGCUGGCCCGCAUCCUCACACAGCCUCACUUCCAGUCCCUGCUGGAGACUCACGACUCGGUGGCCUCUCAGACCUGUGACAGCCCUCCUCCCAGUCCCUGUGACUUCGUGGAUCACGACCCGGAAGACGGACACACACCCAACACACACCUGCCACCCGACGCCAUCCGCAUGGUGGGCAUCCGCAAAGUGGCGGGCGAGCAUCUGGGCGUGACCUUCAAGGUGGAGGGAGGAGAGCUGGUGAUCGCGAGAAUCCUCCACGGCGGGAUGGUGGACCAGCAGGGCCUGCUGCACGUCGGAGACAUCAUCAAAGAGGUGAACGGACGGGAGGUGGGCCGGGACCCGCGGGUGCUGCAGGAGGAGCUGCAGGCCGCCAGCGGGAGUGUGGUGUUGAAGAUCCUGCCCAGCUACCACGAAGCCAUCCCGCCCCGACAGGUGUUCUUCAAGUGCCACUAUGACUACGACCCGGCCAAUGACAACCUGAUUCCCUGUAAGGAGGCGGGGCUUCGCUUCGAGACGGGCGACAUCCUGCAGAUCGUCAACCAGGACGACGUCAACUGGUGGCAGGCCCUCCACGUGGAGGGGGGCAGCGCCGGCCUCAUUCCCUCCCAGAUGCUGGAGGAGAAGAGGAAAGCCUUCGUGAAGAGAGACGUGGAGCUGACUCCUGCAGGAAAUCUGUGUUCUGGUGUUGGAGGGAAGAAGAAGAAGAAGAUGAUGUACGUCACCACCAAAAACGCAGAGUUCGACAGACAUGAGAUCCUGCUCUACGAGGAAGUGGCCAAAGUCCCGCCUUUCAAGAGGAAAACGCUGAUUCUGAUUGGCGCUCAGGGCGUCGGCCGGCGCCGGCUGAAGAACAAGCUCCUGCUGAGGGAUCCGCAGCUGUUCGGCACCACCAUCCCGUACACGUCUCGGAAACCCAAGAAGGGCGAGCGCGAGAGUCGGAUGUACGGCUUCACCAGCCGCAGCAAAAUGGAGGCUGACAUCAAGAACGGGCGCUACCUGGAGCACGGCGAGUACGAGGGGAACCUGUACGGCCUGAAGAUGGACUCCAUCCACGAGGUGGUGGAGGCGGGACGCGUCUGCAUCCUGGACGCCAACCCCCAGUCCCUCAAAGUGCUGCGGACCUCCGAGUUCCUGCCCUACGUGGUCUUCCUGCAGUCCCCGGACUUCGAGGUGCUGAAGGCCAUGAACCAGUCGGCGGUGGAGGCCGGGGUGGUCGCCAAGACGCUGACGGAUGAAGAGCUGCGGAGGACCUGCAGCGAGAGCGCCAAAAUCCAGGCGGCGUACGGCCACUACUUCGACCUCAGCAUCGUCAACGACAACCUGGACGAGACGUACCGCACCGUCAAGGCGGCGCUGGAGACGGUCUCCAAGAACCCCCAGUGGGUCCCGGUGACCUGGGUCUUCUAGUCUCCCCCCGCCUUCCCCGAGUCGUCGGCGUUACUUUUAGCGUUAGCUUAGCAUCGUGAGGAAAGCACAGAAGGGGAUCAGACGAAUGUGUGUGUGUGUGUGUGAGAGAGUGUGUGUAGUGCUAAACCACUGACCAUUUUCUAUGUUUUGUAUGUUUUUCUACAUUGUUCGUGCCAUUACUGAUGUCCAUUGUUUACAUAUCAGGAGCAGCUCGCCGCUCGGGCGGCGCUCGCGUACCGGACGAGUUCAGAUCAGCCCGCGUCGUAUCCGACCAACAAACUUCUUGCCUGUUUGCUUUUUCUUCUUCAUUUCAUCUGCUUUUCCGCUCGAACACAUUGAGAAAGCACGAAAGUCGACCUUUAACCUCCAGAUUAGCGUCUGUCAGCGAGCCACUGCCGCCGUCUGCAGGCCAGCAGCGUCAUCAUUUCACAUUUCUGAGAAGAAAUGACGAAACAAACAAUAAGUGGUGAAUAAAAUAAGAGUUAUGUGUUAAAACUAGGUGUCAUCUCCAUAAAUAAGGCCUGAUCAUCUUUCCCUCGUGAUUCAGUGUGACGGGAACCGGUUUGUUUUCUCUCAAUCAGAUCAGUUUCCCAGCAGCCCCAGCCACUGUUGUUUUUUUUCUUUUUACUUCAGUUGCUGGAUUUAACAGACCAUGGAGCUGUUUGGUCAGUUUACUGACUUGAAACAGUGCUGUUGUGUUAUUAAGGUACUAAGAUGCUUUUUUAUGAGAAAUCUUCUGUUUGCACUGUUUAAUACCUUCAAUUUGUCUUUAUUACAAUUCUUUUCAAGAAUUUCUUCACUUAUUUCAUCAUUUCUUCUCAGAAGUUCAGAUUGCAUGCUGGGAAGAGGAUGUUUCUGACUGUUUUACUCCUCCAUUACAGUAAUUAUGAAGUCUUGAGGGAAAUGAGGAGUUUGGUUCAAGAUUUAAAACCUUUUUAGAGUCGGUGUUAAAAAACACUCCUGAAUGAUCCAUGUACUAAACAUCAACAAGCUGUAAAAAGUGCCAAAAUAGCUGAACGUCUAAGCUUUCCUGUCGUCUCAUCCUGAUGUCUCUGCGUUCUGGACUGACCGGUGUAUACAGGGGGGUAUGGAGAGCAGAGAAAACCCUGUUUGGAGUCAUUUUGUGGAGAGCGGACGGCAGAUCCUGCUCAGGCCGGUACGCUCACAGUCAAUAACAGCAGGUCUGUUUGUGCCGUUCCCUCCGGAGCCGCAGAAAACUCCUCCAGCUCAUUUUACUUCUGUGUGUUUGUGGCAGCUACAGAGUCCUUCUGAUGCACAACCAAUCCUUUAUACGCUAAAAAAGAUGUUUUCAGUCAGUAAACUGAUGUUUCUCCCGGCCCAGAAACGUCUGGCAGCUACACUGGGAUUGUGGAGAAGUCCUGAAUCGCACUGUGUACUUUCUAUUUGACUUCUGGAACCGCCAUUGAUGCAAUAAGACCGUGUUUUUCCCUCGUGUCUUGGAAACGUUGUGUACAUAAACUGUAAAGUCUCCGAGCUUGGACCGUACGCACUGCAUGUACACGGUGGUGAGAGUGAGUCCCACUUCUUCAACGUUUCAUGACCGUGAUGCAUCCUGGAGUUCACCGCAGAACAGACGUGCCAGUCUCACAUUUACAGUCCGCAGAUCUGUAGCGGAUCUCUACGUUUUGGCAGAUGGAAGACAGACUGGCCGAUGUGUCCGGGACUAACUGCGGUGCAUCACUGUCAUAUAUCAGCUCCAGAAUGUAAUUCCAGUGACUUUGAAAAACCGUGAAGUCAUUAAACUGAAUUUA